GAUAACGCUCAGGCAAAUCUAAUUACGUUGGAUAGGGUCGAGCACAGGCGCGCGUUUGUAUUGGUUGAUAUGUCGUGUAGAGGGCAGGGUCGUGUUUUCACGCGCGUAAAUUGUGAGACGAGCAAGGAAGAUAUCCGGGUUUUGACAUGGCGGGUCUGCGAGGUGCUUUAAUUGUUCUAGAGGGUGCAGAUAGAGCCGGGAAAAGCACCCAGGCACGACGGCUGGUGGAAGCACUGAAAGAGCGGGGUUACAGGACCGAGGGCCUGAGGUUUCCAGAGAGAACAACUGAAAUUGGGCAACUGAUAGGCUCCUAUUUAGAGAAGAAGAGUAACCUGGAGGACCAUACCAUUCAUCUGCUGUUUUCUGCCAAUCGCUGGGAACAAGUUCCAAUGAUAAAAGAGAAAUUGAGAAGUGGUAUUACACUGGUUGUAGACAGAUAUGCCUUUUCCGGGGUUGCGUUUACAAGUUCUAAGGAGAACUUUGAUCUGCAUUGGUGUAAGCAACCUGACGUUGGACUUCCAAAGCCAGAUCUGGUCCUUUUUCUAAAAGUGAGCCCUGAGGUUGCAGCUACACGUGGAGGCUUUGGAAAUGAGAUAUACGAAACCAAUUCAUUCCAAGAAAAAGUAGCAAAGCGCUACGCUCAGCUUAUGGACGAUAAAACGGUCAACUGGAAGCUCGUUGAUGCCUCCCAAGAUAUCGAAAAUGUUCACCAACAGUUAAAGGAGCUAAGUGAAAAGGCCAUAGAUGAUGCCAAAGAUCAACCGAUUGGCAAGCUAUGGGAAGAAGAAUCUCCUUGAUAACUGAAUGUCUAUUUAAAGUAUUUAUCACAGUAUAAAGUAGUAUAAAAUAUGUUAAAAUAUCACUUUACCUUCUGUAUUUCUGUAACAAAUUGCUUCUGCAAAGUGAGCAAUUGCACAGUUAAAAUAAGUAAUGAACUACUUUUUAUUCUGGCGAUUCAUAGCCCAAUGUGAUUGAAAAUAUAAAUAAAAAUAUUAUAUUGAA